AUGGACAAGAAGAACCACAUCGGCACACUCGACUGCAGGCAGUGCGGCCAACAUUACCAAGCCGCGAAUGAGAUGAAGGGGCUUAUGGCCCCCGUGGACGUAUAUUACGAAUGGAUCGAUGCCUGCGAAGCGAUCGCAAAGGACGAAGCGACUGUCACGCCCGCAGCACCAGCAUUCGCUGCCCGCCGACCCAUGCCUUCCAGUGGCGCACGAGCGGACUUGGCGCCGGGAGAGAAGUUGACGGAAGAAGAUGCACAGUUCAUUGAUGACGAAGGCGCCGAGGAUGCUGAGGCAGAUUUUGAGGUCGAAGAUUGA